UUGACAUUUACACAUUCACUGUUAAUGUCCCGUUGCACCAUCGACUGCUAGCUAAAACUGAAUCAAAGUAGGACUGGGGAAGUGACGCCUGGUGAGGGGAAAAAAAAGUUUGAUGCUUAAAUCAGUCGCUACCGUUACACUAUUCUAGCAUGCCGUCAGGAUUAGGUGCAGCGGGGCGCUGUCGAAACAGCGAGAUGAUGAAGGCUUAUGUGCCAUGGAAGGGCAGUGUUUAAUGGUGUUGUCCAUGAAUGAGAAAAACACACAAACGUCUUCAUAUCUGUUCGCUCCCGGCUGACAACCUGUGACUAGGUCACAAAGAACUUCAGAGGGGAUAGACGAUAACCUUGUUCAACCUGGCUCCUGCUUAUUCUGAUGUCAGUGUGAUUUUUACUGGUUUAUUUUAUUGUACAUUCCCUAUAAAAGGGUAUACGUGUAUAUUCCCAUCUUUGAUUGCUGGAUUGAUACAUUCAAGUGGAGUAUUAUCACUUUAGCUGACUGAAAAUUUUUACCUGCCUCGGAAUAUUCAUGCCCGUCAUGAGCGUACCGGCGCAGCAGAAACCUAAUGCCAAAAGAACAGGCAAACGAAUCACAUUUUUCAACGAUCAAAGUGUAGCAAUGAAGGAGACUUCUCAGCACCCAGAUGGGUCCUACUAUGUGGCGAGUGGUAAUGUUUCAGAGCCUGGACAGAGUGAGGCUGCAAGUACUGUGACAUCCAAUCCAGAGGGCCCUCAUAUGUACCUCAGCUCUGUCAUCUUCAGCCCAGAUAAGGGCGACCACAGCAGGGGUCAUUAUCAGCAGACUGUACCCAUGAAGUGGGCUCACCAGGAGCCCAAUCAGCAGCAGUCGAGAGCUGCACCUUGGACCACCAUGCCUCACUGGGGGCAGAACUUUCCAAGUUAUAUUGGAGGAGUAACUGACUCAAGGACCCAGAAUGUAUUUGUGAAGUCAAUGCAAGAGACCGCUGGCUUGCAGCCACAUCAACAACCCCCUAACAGAGCUGCAGACAAACCUGCAGUGGAAGUGUUCAGGGAUGUAGGCAAGUCUCGGGGGAUGGAGUGGGAGCAACAGCAGCAGCAGCCGCAAGUUUUUCAGGACACCUUAAAAUCCGGGGUGAUCAACACCCAGCAGCAGAGCACAUCCCACCCAGGAGGAAGCUCAGUCCUGCAGUCCUUCCAGUUGGCCUUUGGUCAGCCCAAGCAGCACCUGCCUGCCUACUACCAGACGUUCCAAGGUAACAAGACAACUCUACCUAACCCUCCAAACUACUCGGCACAGAAUGCAAAAUCCCAACAUCAUUUACAACAGCUGCAGAAGCAAGAACAAAUACAACGGCAACAUCUAAUCCAGCAACAAAUGCAGCAGCAACAAAUCCUUCAGCACCAACAACAUGUGCAGCAACAGCUACAGCAGCAGCAACAAAUACAGCAUGAGCAGCAGCAACAAAAGAUGCAGCAGCAACAGCUCCAAAUUCAGCAAAUGCAGCAUCAGCAGUUGCAACAACAAAACCCCCAUGUGCUUGACUAUUACCCUGGUGUGCAAAAUGCAAACCCUCACGCUCACCCCCAGCCCGUUGUGGUACACUCCUACGAGUCCUCUGGUCCAGCACCGCCAAAGAUCCAGGAACCAAUCAUCCAGGACAUCACACCAGAACCACAGCAGCCAUCAGACCCGCUGCAGCCCCCUCUGCAGUCUGAGCACCUGACUCAGUCGCAGCCUCAGAUGCAGCCUCAAUCCCAAACGCAGCUUCGCAGAUCUCGACGGCUCUCCAAGGAGGGCGGCGCGCCUUCGGACAAUCCCUUCCUGCCUGUCCCCUUGGAGCAGUCAGCACCAGUGCUUCAGGGACCGCAGAACGGGUCACGAGACAUCCAGGCAGCCCCGACAGGUGUCAUCCAAAGCACACGCAGGAAACGCAGGGUUUCCCAGGAGGUCAACCUGGAGAUGCUUGCUCAGAAGGCCUCAGAAAGGGAGUCUCCACCAUCACAUCUUAAGGAGCCACACAGGCCAUGGAGUCCCACAGAACAAGAGAUUAUGAACCCUAAGCGACCUCGAGACGACAACCUUGUUCCACUUGUUAUCCCCGUGUCUGUUCCAGUCCGGAGGCAGGAACCCUCGUCUCCCGAGAGUGACGAAGCAAGUCUGGCAACCAACUGGCCUCACAGGUCUUCAAACUCCCAGGAUCUCGGGCGCGCAGACCACAAGCCCUCGGUCAUCGUCACCCGAAGACGCUCACUGAGGAACUCCUUGUCAGACAGUGCAGAGCAGAACGAUGGCGCAGAGGGUGAAAAAGACGACGAUGGCAAAAAGUCCAAACGCCGUCCACGCCCUGAGCCUCUCUUCAUCCCGCCACCUAAACCUUUAUUCAUCGCCCCGCCCGUCUACUCCAGCAUUACACCCUACCAAAGCCACCUACGUUCCCCCGUACGCCUCGCCGACAAUGCUAUCACCAUGCCCCCCUAUACACCACCGCCGAUCCUCAGCCCUGUUCGUGAAGGCACCGGCCUGUACUUCUCCACUUUCCUGUCAUCUGCUUUGGCCAGUGGCCCAGGCCUGCCCCCUCCCGCUACACCCAAGUCAGCCACACGCAGCCUAUUGCGAUCUAACAGCUGCGACAUCACACCACCAGUUUUGUCUGCUAUGAGCGAGGCCACUCCGGUCAGCAAUGAGCCACGCAUAAAUAUUGGCUCACGGUACCAGGCGGAAGUACCAGAGCUGAGGCAGCGAUCUGGUGUCGAGCAGGAUCAUCAUCGUGCAGAACUGGUCUGGGUUCCCCUGUGCGAUCUGGAAGGAAAACCUGACCUUGAGGAGAAAGUGGAAGACCUCAUGCACUUGGCCUGCUCCAGCGUUUUAUGUGGAGGAGGCACCAACCAGGAGUUAGCCCACCAUUGUCUGUACGAGUGCAAAGGGGACAUAAUGGCUGCUCUGUCCAUGCUGAUGCUGAGGAAUCCAAUUUUCCCAAAGUCUCAUCAUUUGUCCAACUACCAUUACUCAGGAUCAGACAGUUGGACAGCAGCUGAGAGACGCCAGUUUAACAAAGGCAUCGCUGCAUACAAGAAAGACUUCUUCACGGUGCAGAAACAGGUAUCCACAAAGACGGUGGCCCAGUGUGUGGAGUUUUACUACACCUAUAAGAAGCGUGUGAAGACUGGCCGCAAUGGUACGCUAACCUACGGUGAGACAGAGCCUUUGACCACAGAAGAGGAGAUGGACCGCAAGCAGGGCUCUCACAGACUGGAGCCACAGCGGGAGGAGGACAGCAGGAAAUGGGAAGGGUCAGCUGACAGGAAACCGGAUGUCUGCCCUACCAGGACGUCUCAUGCGCUGCCGUCCACAGAGAAUCCUGGGACCGUUCUGAUUAUGAAAGGCCAGGACGACACGGGGAGGGAGCAGUCGCUGUCCCGGGUUAUUCACCCCCCUCACCCGCCACCUCCCAGCUCCAAACAGCGCUACGAAAGCAACGCCCGCAAGACGACUCCUUCGACAGGCAACAAAGGCCCAGCUGGUCAGGAGGGGGAAUUUCCCUGCAAGAAAUGUGGCAGGAUUUUCUACAAAGUGAAGAGCCGCAGCGCUCACAUGAAGAGCCACGCCGAGCAAGAGAAGAAGGCUGCGGCUCUGCGGCAGAAGGAGGCUGAGGAGCGGGCGGCGGCUAAAGCAGCCGAGGCCGCUGCCAUCCUGGCUGCGCGGCAGCAGAACGGGACGCGACAGGUGGGCGGCGACAGCACCAAUGAUGACUCUUCAGACGCACAGGACGAGGACGACGAUGACUGGCAGUAAAUGGGAAGACCAUACACACCGAAUGCAACGGUAGCGAGGUUUGAUUACUGAACAGGAGAAGGACAGUUGAAAAGAAAUAAAGAAACUCUCCCCCCUGUGAA